GCCUCCAUGGGACAACUCUGUUUUCCGAGUCACGUCAAGUUUGUAUCACAUUUUGUUACCUAAACUAAGGGGCUAACGAAGGAAACCCACAUACGUCCACUGUAUUUAUGUUCAUUCUAAAUCGUUGCUUACGUUUUCGUUUACGUUGGUACAUCCAUGGAUACCGUACUCGGCAGGAUCCUUGCAAAGAAAAGGGUGCUUGCUCGUUUGUAAAUUGUUGUUGUUUUAUUUUUUAGUAAAAUAAAUCAUAUUCAAUGUUUGUCAUGUUUGUUCGUUUGUUUGUACAUGGUUUGCACUUCUUCAAAGAAGUUCUUCUACAUGAAUCCCGUAAUACUCGGCAACAGCCGUAAGUCAGGAUAACGCCGUAAGUCAGGAUAUACUUUGUUUUGUGAGAUGGUUGGUUGUUUGGAUUGGACUUGAUAGAACGCACUUGCGGCACUGGUAGUGGUAGUACAAAGGAUCAUUUCAAAGACUUUCUAUACACUGGAAUAUGUGCAGCAAAUUCUUCAGUCGUCUUGCCCAUCUUGCCCAUCUACCUCCAUAUUUCUACCAUUUCUACCUCCAUGCCAUGCUGCAUGGAUACACACGUACGUACGUGCAAUACAAUCUGUUACAUCGUAUAUAAAAGCGUUCCGCCAUUCCGUCGUUCCGCAAUCGUUCCGCGUGUUACCAUUGUCCAGUCGGGAGAGUGCAGAUCGGACACAACUUCAACUACAACAAGGAAAAACGUUUGAGAACUGAAAUUGCUGAAGACAAGACUAUUGACAACUGAAACUCAAAUGGUGCGUAGAACUAGAUACAAACACACAAACACAGUGACACAGUGCGAGUUAAAACUGAGCUGCUGCUUUGUUAUUACUUCUAAGUAAGUUCUAAGUUCUAGGAACUAUGGAGCCUUAUUAAAUUAAUUAUUAUUAUAGUUUCUAGAUGUACUGCUUUGUUAGACUAGACUUGCUGCUCAUGAAUCGAAUGUGUGUAACUGUAACUUGUAAGAACUGCCGAAACCGGAAAUAAAUGUUGCUAAAUUAAAAUGGCCUCUUCUCAACUGGAAGAUUCAAAGGCAUCGGUAGUGCGUAAACGGAAGAGACCAACAGCAACAACAACACCAACGGUGUCAUGUAACCCGUUUUUACCGCAAGAAGAAACAACUGAGCUGUCAAAUAUUUCACGUCCAACUAAAAAAUCGAAGACUUCCUUGACAUCAGGAAUCGGUACAUCAAAAGGUCGUUCAACAGAGCCACACUCAAAACUUCAACUUCAAGCAACUCCAAGUUUAAAUUCAGACGAAACCAAUCAUCAAUUUCUGAAUGGAAUCACUGCAUACAUUUUGCAAGCUGGGCUGGGCAAAGCACGUAGUGACAUCUUUCAAAAACAAAUGUCAGAGUAUGGUGCCGAAGUUCUCACAGGUUGGAAGGAAGAGAGUUGCACUCAUUUGAUUGUUGAUGAAGGGAUGGAUGGCAAUAGACUAAUGAGAAUUCUGAAGUUACAGCAACCACCGCAAAAUGUGAAAGUUUUGAAAGCCAGUUGGCUGAGUCUUUGCCUCUCUGAAAAGAAAAUAGUUCCAACUGAUGAUCACGAAGUAAAGUUCCCAGUUACAAAGGAGAACAAUGCAAUAAAAGUUACAGCUGUUUCUACAGUAACUUCAUCAACUUUACAACAAAACAUAGAAACCCUAUCUAAUAAAGACGCUGACCUUCAAGAAGUAACUUCUAAUUCCAUGCCGGUAUCCCAAGGUACUAAAUGGACAAGCCCAACUAAAGCACAUACUUUGGAUCGAGGAUACGAUAGUGACGACAGUAACUACAUGCCUAGUGAUGAUGAUGAAUAUCAAGAGAUAUCGGUCAGAGUAUCAACGACAUCAGAGGGGACAAGCUCAACGUCAAACACAUCUACACCAUCAACAUCUCCGCAGAAACUUCCAAAAGGUAGCUGGGUCUGCUCCAAACCAUCUUCAUCACAGCAGUGGAAUCACAACCAACUCAUCACUGACAAACUGGAGGUAUUGAUGAAGACCUAUCAGAACACAAAAGAUCACUGGAGGUCCCUCGGAUAUCGCAAGGCCAUUACUGCCCUCAAACAACACCCAAAACAAGUCACCAGCUGGGAGGAGGCCAAUAGAAUACCCGGCAUUGGAACUAAACUGGCUGACAAGAUACAGGAGAUUAUUGAGAGCGGACAUCUCAGAAAGAUUGACCAUGUUUGCAGCGGAGAUGACAUGAAAGCAUUGGACCUGUUCAACAACAUCUGGGGGGCGGGACCAACAGUUGCUCAAGAGUGGGUUCAGCUGGGAUAUCGGACUCUAGAUGAUAUACGAGAGAAGGCCAAAUUGAGCAGACAGCAGAAGAUCGGCUUAAAGCAUUACGAUGACUUCCUUGAACGAAUGCCCAGAGAAGAGGCAGGGGCAAUAGAAGCAACAGUGCGAGAGAUGGCAGUGAGCAUUGAUCCAGCUAUGAUGGCUGUUGUCUGUGGUUCCUAUCGACGAGGGAAGACAACCUGUGGAGAUGUGGAUGUCCUCGUUACCCAUCCCGAUGGGAAAUCACACCGUGGAGCGCUGGGCAAGAUUCUCGAUGGUCUGCGGGAUAAAGGUACCUCUGGUUAAAAUUUGUAACCAUAACAGGCAAGAAAGCGUGGAAAAAGUUCACUUGUUGCAACAAG